AUGACCUCAGACGAAACGGUCGAUAACGAAGGCAUUUCUCGCAAUCACACCAACAAGUCUUCGGCGGAGCAACAACAUGCACUCGCAAAGAUGAGCAAUACGAUAGAAGCGCUAUACAUCUACGAUGAUCUCAACACACCCAUUCUCGAGCACAUCUACCGAUCCCGCCCGCCCUCCGCCAGAGCUCUCCUCCCACUCUACCUCGAGCAUUCCGUUCCGCGACCGUCCGUGAUAUACCUUCCUAGUGCUAGCCCUCCCGUCUCUGUGUUCUCAAUAGUCCACGCGAAUCUUCUCUUUCUCGUACCCAGCAGCACCGAAACAGAACCCCUCCAAGUCCUCGAAUUCCUCCACCGCGUCGUCGAUGUCCUCGAAGACUUCGUCGGAGCACCGUUGCUGGCAACCAAAAUUCAAAGUAACUACGAUGUAGUGGGACAGUUAUUGAGUGAGAUGUGCGACGCGGGUGUGGUGUGCAGUACGGAGCCAAACGCAUUACAGGAGGUAGUUGAAGUUCCUGGGUGGAUGAACAAGUUCCUGAGCGGAGUGGGAUUACCAGGUGCAUCCCCGUCCCUUGGACCUUCGAACACGCUCAAAACCUCGUUAACAACCAUGCCCGCAGCUAGCGGUUCUGCAGCCACGGGCCCCGCGAUCCCCUGGCGUCGCCAGGGCGUCCGUCACACUUCAAAUGAAUUAUACGUUGAUAUCAUUGAAUCUCUCCAUGUUAUAAUUGCUCCAUCAGGCCGUGCCAUUUCCGCCAUAGCGAACGGCACCAUCGCCUUUAAUUCCAAAAUCUCCGGCGUCCCCAACCUCUUGCUCUCUCUAACCGCACCUGGAGGACAAAAGAGUUUGGCACAUAAGCUUGAGCUACCUGUCUUCCAUCCCUGCGUGCGAUUAGCUCGAUGGCGCGAGAGACCUGGAGACCUCAGUUUCGUACCGCCAGAUGGACGAUUCAUUCUCGCAGGCUAUGAGGUCAAUCUACUCCCUGUAGACCCUGACCUGGACGAGCCGCCAACUCAUAUGGAGAAACUUUUCCUUCCAGCAACAGCCUCGUUGCAAAAGUCUCUUGGACCCAAUGGGUUAGAUUUCGAGAUCCGACUCACUCUGAAUACCUACUUUCCAGGUACAAACGCUUCAUCACGGGGCGGCGGCGGGUCCAACCGCGGUUCGGGAACCUCAACACCCUCUUUCCUUGGAAAUAUUGGCGCUAGUAGCACGUCGUCGUCCCCGACUUUAGAUGACGUGGUUGUGACCGUGCCAAUACCACCUUCCGUCAGGUACAUCACUGAUAUCCAAGCCAGCCGAGGAGACGCGACUUUCAUGCCCGGCAACGAAUUUUUAGAAUGGCGCGUCCCCACCACCACUAGAGAUGCGGGAAGCAUCUCCGGCACGGCCGUCCUGCGAUGUACGGUAGUCGGGCCUCUCGAUACAGAAAACGCUGACAACAAGGAGGAAUACGAUGAGAACGACGACGGCACCCCAACUUCUUCCCAGAUAUCCCGGAUCAACCCCCUCCAAGGCUACUAUGACGAGGACAUGCUCAUGUCCCAAGCUAAAUCCCAGGGACUCUACUCGCCUUCUUCGAGUCGCAAUAAAUCGGCUGCGUCAAAAACCGAUAAGCCCCACCCUAACGCCCUUCUCAUGCCGAAUUCUGUAUCUAUCUCGUUUUCCGUGCGCGGAUGGCUUCCGAGCGGGAUCCGUGUAGAUGGAUUGGUCGUUGACCCGCGACGCAGCCGAGGGUUGGGAGAAGGCGUGAAGCCGUACAAGGGGGUGAAAUAUAUCUGUGUCAGCCGGAAGGGAGUAGAGAGAAGGUGCUGAUGAUGAUUCUGAAGGGCAUGCUAGGCUGAGAUUUAGAGAAUCCAGCAUUUAAGAGGCUGUGGCUUGGAUAUCAUAGAUACUAAUAACCUGCAUUGGGAAUUAAAACAACGUUGACAAAUGUGGUUUUAAAAACAAACAGGGAAAUGAAUAUCAUUUUUCAACC